AUGGACGGCAUGUAUUUGGAUGAGAACGGGGAACUGGCAGCUGACUUGGACAUUGUGAGCUGGGUGGUGUUUCCCAAUAAGUCCAGCCAUAGGGAGAGGAUUGGGAGCAUCAAUAGACAGAGAUCCCUCGACCUAAAGUGCACCAUCGACCGGAAUGCCACUGUGUGCCCCAUAUGGCUCAACCAGCCCCUGCCUGCUUCCAGGUGUGUGGAAAGUUGCCAGCCUGGAUUCUUCAAGGUAUCUCAGGAAGGAAUGCUGCUCUGCUGCUAUGACUGCGUUCCCUGUGCGGAAGGAACCAUUGCCACUCAGGAAGAUGCAGAGCAUUGCGUCAGGUGUCCAGAAGAUCAGCAUCCAAACAAGGACAGAGAUCAAUGUUUCUACAAGAUCGUCACCUUCCUGGCUUAUGGAGAACCUUUGGGGAUCUUCCUAGCUUCCUUUGCCCUAUUCUUAUCCUUAACCACGUGUGUUGUGCUAGGAAUAUUCAUUAUAUUCCAAGAAACUCCCAUAGUCAAAGCCAACAACCGGAGCCUCUCCUAUAUCCUCCUCAUCUCCCUCCUGCUUUCUUUUUUGUCCUCCUUCCUCUUCAUUGGAAGGCCAAGGAAAGUGACCUGCCUUCUCCGACAAGUGGCCUUCAGCAUCAUCUUUUCGGUUGCUGUCUCCUCUGUGUUGUCAAAAACCAUCACUGUGGUGCUGGCUUUUCUGGCCACAAAGCCAGGAAACACUAUGAGGAGAUGGCUGGGAAAGAGUCUGGCCAACUCCAUUGUCAUUUCCUGUUCCAGUGUCCAAGUUGUCAUCUGCAUCAUCUGGCUGGGAAUCUCUCCACCCUUCCCAGAGUCUGACAGGCAUUCCCAGCCUAGGGAGAUCAUCCUGCAAUGUAAUGAAGGGUCUAUUGCCAUGUUUUAUGCUUCCCUUAGCUACAUGGGCUUCCUGGCCGCCAUCUGCUUCACAGUGGCUUUCUUAGCCAGGAAGCUGCCUGGAAAUUUCAAUGAAGCCAAGCUAAUCACCUUCAGCAUGCUGGUCUUCUGCAGCGUUUGGGUCUCGUUUGUACCCACCUACUUGAGCACAAAGGGGAAGUACAUGGUAGCUGUACAGAUCUUCUCCAUCUUGGCCUCCAGUGCUGGGCUUCUGGGCUGCAUCUUUAUUCCCAAGUGCUACAUUAUUGUACUGAGGCCUGAUCUGAACACAAAAGAGCAUCUGACAACAAAAGCUGACUCCUAA